AUGGAAGUGACGAAAUUAGUCGCCAAAGAGCUUGGCGUAGCUCAAUUUCAAGGAUCGGCACCAUCCGCUAGUAUUAAUGGUGUCACUUCAAUGGAACUGACGACGCCUAUUGGCAAUUUCCGAGUGCAACUUGUCAAGGAUACAAAUGCUCUCAAUGUUGCAUUGGAAGAGGGCUGUAAAUUGGCGGCCUACUAUAAUUCACAAUUUUGGCAUGAAGCCAUUACUGCGGAGAAACUUCAAAUUCCAUGUGCUCGCUUUCAUUCGUCGUUCAAAAUUCAUGACAACAUCGAUGAUUAUGCUGUAUAUCUCACAAAAUUUCAAAAAGGAAAUCCGAAAAAAGACUUUGAGCUCACCGAUUAUGAGCAAGUUGCAAGGCAAAUUGCAAUUAUGCACUCUCUAAAUUCAAGAGUCGUUACUUCUGAGUUUUCCACCGCUGUCAAAGAAAACUAUGAGAAUAUUAGACUGUACAAAAGAAAAAUUCAAUCACAGCUGAUCGAAAUUUUGUCAAUGGCAUUGACUAAUGAGCAUUCGGUUUACUUCAGAAGCCCGGGCACUGUGAUGGAAAAGGUGAGCAUUUUGUUGCACCAUAUUUCUUCCGUUAAUCAGAAUUCUGAUGAUGAUUUUAACAAUCAUCCGGUUAUUUGCCAUGGACGGCUCACUUCGGAAAAUUGCCGAUUUGAUGAGAAUGGCAAUUUGGUUGAAAUUUUGGAAUGGGAGAACAUUCAUCUCGGAAAUCCAGCAGAAGAUUUGACGAAUCUGAUUUUGUCAUCAUCAAGCACUCGAUUCCGUCGGAAUAAAUUCAUGAAGGUUUUCCAUCAGUACUUCUACACUCUUGUCGACAUUCGGCCACCAAAAUAUCAAUUGGUUGAUUUGAAACGAUGGUUCCGGCAAAGCCAUCCAACUGCAAUAAUUGAUGGAAUUGAGCGUCUAUUAGAAAUACUGUCGGAUUCCUCUAAUGAAGCUGAAAUACGAGACGCCGUUGAACGAUGGGAAUCAGCGCUUGAGGAUUCUGUCGAUUUUAUCACCGGAAACUAUUUAAGUGACGAUAAACAAGUAGCCGGAAUGACCUCAAACUUGAAAGAUGUUUCUUUUACAACCGAUUUCACAUCAAUUUACCAAAAAGAAUGCUCAUUUGGAUAUCGUACGGACCACAUUGAAAAUGUCGGUGAAUACAAUAUCAAAAUGAGUAGCGUUUCAAUUCUGUUGUUCGACACCGAAAAAAAUGCGUUUUUGCUUGUGAGACAAUUCCGGCCAGCGAUUUUCACGACCGCUGUCCUCUCAAAAGAAAACAAGCCGAAUUUAAAAGAUUGGAAUGAAAUCGAUUGGGAAAAGUAUGACACGGAAAUGGGAUAUACGAUGGAAUUGUGCGCCGGUUUGAUGGAUAAGCCAUCUUUGAAGCCCGAUGAAACUGCGAGCGAAGAAAUUUCGGAAGAAUGCGGCUAUAGUGUCGAACCAUCUGAUCUUGUGCCAAUUUCCGCAUUUAUUGUUGGUUCGCACACAUCGGGAGUCACUCAGUACAUGUACUACGCCGAAAUCAAUGAAUCGAAGAAAAUCAGCGAGGGCGGCGGGAAUUUCCACGAAGGAGAGGUCAUCACCAAAGUGUAUAUUUCAAUUGAAGAAGCGAAGCGAAUUGUCGAAAGCGAUUUUGCUGAUAUCCGAGGACCUCCUGGGGUUCUUUUCGCCUUUCAAUGGUGGUUUUUGAGGCAGAAAUUGCAUUCGAUUUCUAUUGAUUCAAAUAUCAAAUGGACACCAAAGAUUACUACAAAAAUUACUUUAACAGGCGAGUUUGGAAAUUCAAAAACUUGUGCUGAUUACCAUAUGAAGCCGAAGCGAAUGACGUUCACCCAGAAUAAUAUGAAACGAUUUUGGGACCUCUCUACUCGUCCGAGCACUACCUGUAUAAUCUUCUACGAUUCCAAAGAGAAAUGUCUUAUUUUGUUUCAAGAGUUUCGGCCAGCCGUUUUUAUUGGUCGCCAUCGAAUAAUGCGCGAGAAUAUCAAAAAGGACAUUAGCGCGAUUGAAUAUGAUUACUCAAAACAAGAAUGGGCUCAUUUGUUGGAACUUCCAGCGAAAUCAAUUGGUACGAUUGUCGAAGCGGAACACGCCAAAUCGGUGGCUUUAUCACUUGCGCAAGACUACGGCUAUUCACCAACGGAGAAGGAUUUAAAAGUGAUCGCGAAAACUCUAGUGGGUAUCGGGCAAUCCGGUGACGCUCAAUUCAUCUGCCUUGCUGACGUCAAUGGGAUACAGAAGGUUGAGCCGAAAUAUGGAAAAUACACUGUUGAAACCAAACCAUCAACGAGUGCUGUCUUGAAAUCAAAAGCAAUUGAAAAUCAAGCGAAAAUAAUUCCCGAAACAUCGUAUGAAUCGCGAUUGGCUGAAGAGGAAGCGAAUUUGGAAAUUCUCAAUGAAUUUCUGGCGAGUUUGAAACAAGAAAAUGUUGAGCUAGAGAAUCUUGACACGAUUCCGAAAGAGUUGAUAUUAAACGCGAGGAAGCUUAAAGCAGAAACGGGUCGAGCCAUCUACAGGCAACAAAAUUAUUCGGAAGGCGAGCUGGAUGACAGCGAUCUGUCCAAACCUCCAUCAAAAGACAAUCCCCAUCCGUUCGAUCCUUCAACGUUACCACCGGUUCAUUCGCAUUCGAUGCUCCCAUUUGUCAAUCAUUCUCCGGUUCUUCGCCUUCUGGUUGAUAUUGGAGUCAAUCUUGCCGAAAUUGAGCAUACAACCAAUAUUGGCCGAUAUUUGUUGAGACUUCGAAUGGAAGAUAUUAAGCAGAAAGUGGAAUUAAUGCGGAAUAUUGGAUUUCUCGACGAUGAGAUUGGAAAAUACCUCACGCGGAAUCCGUAUUUCCUUCUGCAGGAUAUUAAUGAUCUUCAGACGCGUCUUAAUUAUUUGGAGAUGAAGAAGUUCAAUGCGAAGGAUCGGAAAAAAAUAGUUGAGGGCUAUCGUUAUUGGUUGAAUUGCAAUGUUGAGUUGAUUGAUUCGAGGCUUGGAUGGAUUCAGAAGCAAUUCAAACUGACUGCAAAACUGACUAGAGAAGUGGUCGUCAAGGAGCCGAGGAUUAUUAUGUUCGGAAUGGGUCCUAUCGAGAGGAUUGUGAAAAUGCUCAAAAAUGAGCUUGGAUUUGGCGAUCAGGAUCUCAAAACCUUUGUUCUUACUGAUCCACGGAUAUUUAUGAUGGACGCCAAAUUGGUAUCGAGAACGUAUAAAUAUGUGCGUGACGUGAUGAAAAUCAACAAUGCGACGAUUCUGGAGCAUCCGUUGAUUCUGCGAUGCUCGCUGAGCUGCAUUAAAUCAAGGCAUGAUUUUUUGCGGAAAAUGGGUCGCUCUAAUUAUAAACUUGCCGAUUCUAAAAAAGUUGAAGAAAUUAUCGAGAACGACGAAGAAGACGUGAACGAUGAUAAUGAUGAUCUAGUGGCAUUAGAGCAUUUUCUUCAUCCAUCCGACGCUGGAUUCGCGACUCUCGCCGCGAAAACCUAUCCAGUGGCUUUCGAAAAAUUUUUGAGAAACUCGUAG